AUGAACCAAACCAACCCCCACCCCACGGCAGCGGCUGAGAGCACAUUCUUGACAGCCGAGAGGGGAAACCCUCUCGGCCUUCAAGGAGGGUUUCUCCUCUUGGCCGUUGUGUUGUACAAAACCAAAUCAACCCCUACCUUACGGAGUAUCCGCACCGACUUUGCCAAACAACAGGCCGAAUAUAAGGAGAAAUCCAACGCUCAAAUCGCUGCUGCCUCACUCCCAAAGACGGCCGAACUUGCCGCGGGCGCCGAAGCUAAAGCUGCUGGCGACUCAAAUGUCGACGGCGAAGAGAAAGAAGGAGCAAAAGAUCACAACUCCGAUCACUCAGCAGGUAAUGGUCGAAGGGUAUCCGUCGCGGAUACCCGUGAUCCGCUGGCGGAUACCCGCCAGUGCCAACGGAUACCCGCCAACAGGUGCGGAUUCGGGUGCGUGUGGCCCCUUUUCCGCAAAAAAGUUGGCGGGUAUCCCAAAGGAUACCCGCGGCCGGAAGGGGAGAUGGCCGGCUGGAAGGAGACCCUUCCAGCUGACAAGUACCUUGUCGACUGGAAGCUUGUAACUCAACGGCUGGAAGGAAGCCCUUCCAGUUGUCGAGGUACAAGUACCUCGUCUUGUACCUCGUCGACCGGAAGGGCUUCCUUCCAGCCGGCGAGGUACAAGUACCUCGUCGACCGGAAGGGCUUCCUUCCAGCCGUUGAGGUACAAGUACCUUGA